AUGUCCAACUUCAUCGCCAUCCCUGCAGGCUCAUAUGUUAUCAUGAAUGCCAAGACACACACCUACCUGAAUGUGUUGAAUUUCCAGGCCGUUCCGGGUGACAUCGUCAAUAGUGUUGGAAAUCACUUGGGAAAUGACAUCUGGAAUGUAGCGAGCAUCGAGUCGGGUGGGGUGACCAUACAGUCCUUUGGGACUGGCGCGUUCCUCUCCUUCGACCCGUCAAACAAAGCCGACAGCCCUGCUGGCAGCGUCGUCACCAGCAACUCCAUUUAUGCGUGGAGUCUCCAGCAAAACACUGCGGUCCCAUAUGCAUGGAACAUCGUGGACAAGUCCACCGGACAAGCUCUGGCUGUACAGAAUGACUCUGUCGCGAACGGGGCACAAGUUCUCGAGGAGGACAAUAAUGUAGCCAACUCAGGCCGAGCUUGGUUUUUCAUCGCAAAGGAACCCAUUCCUGGUACCAACUAGUGACUAGUUGGUAAAGUGCUGCUGGCUGGCGUGCAAGGCCGGUCGCUGCCUUGUAUGGUAUACAAUCCCUUUCGAACAGAAUUGCAGAGGCUUGUAGCAUGUAUGCAAGUACUAUCAGAG